AUGUGGAACGAUGAGGAUAAUAAUCCCUAUGCCGAGGGCUUUGACCGGAGAGACAGCCUGACUUCCUCUUCUGCCAACCCAGCCUCUCCUACUACCCGUGAGUAUCUGGAUGAUUCUUCAGACAGUACUGAUGCCGACUGGGAGACUCUAGACCAGCGAUUCGACAUCCCUCAGACCCCGUCGACCACAAGCGAUGAGGCUCCUCAGAAUCGCUCCCAUACCCUCCCAGACAGCGAAGCUGAGAGCAGCGACAAUGAGCCGAUUGCUAGAGACAGAGGCGAUCUUGUCCCGCGCCCCAAGCCCGGCGGCUACGAAAGCCGCGUCGAGCAGAUCCUCUGGGAGAAUCCGAGCAUGACUAUUCUCAUUACGGAUGCAGGAAAGAGCGCGGAGAGCGGUGGAAAAUACAUUGUCUACACCAUCCGGACAGGCAACCUCGAAGUGCGCCGACGAUACUCGGAAUUCGCGUCUUUGCGUGAGGCAUUGACCCGGCUGCAUCCUACCCUGAUUAUACCCCCAAUCCCCGAGAAGCAUACCAUGGCAGACUACGCCGCGAACCCUACGAGCGCAAAGCAAGAUCAGCAGAUUAUCGACCUGCGCAAGCGCAUGCUUGCCGUGUUCCUGAAUCGAUGCCGCCGCAUGGAGGAGAUCCGAACAGACGGUGUUUGGUGGAGAUUCUUGGACCCCAAUGCUAGCUGGAGUGAGGUCCUUCACUCUCAUCCAGUCGCCUCAGUGCCCAAGUCAGUCCUGAAGGCGCCACCUUUGGAUCCUGCGAACCCUACACCUGCUCACAACUUCCUUCCCGUACCAUCAGCUUCCGCUAAGCUCAAGACGACGGGCGGCCCUGGUGUCGAUCCCGGCGCGAUCGCUGGAACUGGGUCCCAUGUCUUUGGCCGAUUCCCUCCCGACAGCCACACCCUGAGCGAGCAAGAACUUGACCCUUACUUCAUCACAUAUGAGGCAUCGAUCAAGGAACUGGAGCAACUGUUGUCGGGGUCCAUGGAGAAGGUCAACCGUCGGACCCUGAGCCACCUGUCUGCACUGGCCGCCGAUCUUUGCGAACUGGGCUCCAAGUUUAAUGCGUUCGCGCUAUCAGAACAGGCACCCUCUUUGGGCCCUGCCCUCGAGAGAGUGGGACAGGCGGCCGACUCCUCCUACAUCGCUACUGAGGAGCUUUCUGGAUCUCUCGGUGCCAGUUUCGCAGAGCCUAUGCGAGAGAAUGCGCAGUUCGCAGGUGUUGUUCGCAGCGUGCUGAAGUACAGGGUGCUCAAGCGGGUGCAGCAAGAGCAGACUAGCGACGAACUCAGCAAGAAGAUUGCGCUGCUGGACCAACUAGAGCGCAGCGAGCAAGAGGCCAAGCGCAUCGAGCAAUAUCUCAGCAGCAGCCAGCAAAUUGCGCCAGCGCCGAAGCGGUCUACAAGCCUUAGAGAGGCUAACACAUCACACCAUCAGCGCGAGGGCAGUGCCGAAGACACAGCUUCCAUCGACUCCGACUUCCCUCCUACCCAUGGCGAGCCGGUCCCGACCGCGACCCAGGGUGUCCCGCAGAGAAGCAACUCAACUCCAGGCCAUAAGAAGGCCGCGAGCAGCAACUCAAUCACGAACAAGAUUUUCGGACCGAUUCGUCACGCUAUUCAAGGUGUAGCUGACGUCGACCCCGAGAGAACUCGUCGUGACAUGAUUGGAAAGACAAGGGAGAGCAUCGAGCAGCUUGAGCAAGCCAAAGUGGUCUCUGAGCAUGAUGUGAAGGAGGCUAGCGCAAGCAUUUUGAAGGACUUGAAGAGAUUCCAGGGAGAGAAGGAAGAGGACCUUCGUCGUUACAUGCUGGCUUAUGCCAAGAGCCAAAUUGAGUGGGCCAAGAAGAACAAGGAGACCUGGGAGGAUGCCAAAGCCGAGGUCGCCAAGAUUGACGAAAGUUGA